AUGUCUUCCAACAGCCAGAUAAUUCGCGGCUUCACGGCAGAGCAAAAUCACUCCUUCACGAAUAUCCUUCUACCAGCGCUUCAAGUAAUGCUUCGCCAGGCAUUCGACAAGCAUUUCAACCCACUGCAGCCACAGCAAAAGCAGUCAGUCAUAAUGCCAAAGCCGGCACAGCCAUCAGAGCAGGAACAAGAGCAUAGGCCAUUGCAACAGGCAAAUGUGGAGAAAACUGCGGAGAAGACUACGGAGAAGAACAAGAGCACGGACAGCAGCAGUCCUAUUCAAGCGGGCACACUCUCUACAAUUCCACACCAGGCCACUAUGCAGAAUUGCGGAGAACCUACCCCUCGCCUCAGCAGUACUCCACUUUCUACCUCGCCUCUCGCCUCUCUUCUCACUCUCGCCUCUCCGCUCGGCUACAUUCGAUAUGCGAAGGAUAUGGAGGCUAUAGGCCAAGGCUAG